GAGCCAACAUUGGAAACAAACUCUGAGAUCAGUUUACACGGAGUCGAUUUUCUAUUUAUAUUGCUCGAAAUUGUUUUUCAAAAUUGUAGGAGUUGUGCGCCACCAAACAAGAAUUGCACACAAGCAACAAACAUUAUUGAUUACGAAAACAACACAAAAGACAGCAGACCACAUAAAUAUAUAGCUACAUAUGGUCUAUGUAUAUUGCGAAUAUAUAUAUAGGCAUAUCUAGAUAUAUUUAUAUAUACAAGUGUAUAUAUAUAGAUAUAUACAUCAUCCAAAUCUUAUUGUGAAGGCACGGAACGCAACGAAGUAGACGAGGGUCAAGCGCGCACCACGACCAUGUUGCUUAAGGAUCAGCCAUCAUUCAAGGAAGUGGCCAAGGUGUUCAUAGUAGGCUUGGCACUGCGCUCCUAUGUGUCAAACGGCGAUGGAGAACAGCGCAGGACGUGCUUUGGGCACGAGCUCUCGCGUCGCAUCUGCAUGGCGGCCAAUCGUCACCGGGCCAACAAUCGCCAUCGCUUGCUGAAGCUCAUGUCGCCGGAACGCCUAAAGGAGUACGAAUUGAGCAACAAGACUCGGGCACUCCAGCCACAGCCACUGCCACUGCCACAGCCACAGCCACAGCUACAGGCGCAACCACAGCCACAGCCACAGGCGCAGCCACAGCCACAGCCACAGCCACAGCGCGAUCUCAGCCAAAAGACUCGGGAAUUUGCUGCCAAUACAAAUCGGAAUACCAAGUUAUAAAUGAGACACUCGAACAUUAGGUUAAUACAAGUUUUUGCAUCGUUUCGGAGGAGUUUGGAAUACAUUGGGUGGGCUGGCGGAUCUUUGGCUGCGUUGCAAUUAAGCAAAUCAUACUAUGGAGUUGUAAUUUGAAACAUCCUCAAGCAUGGGAUAUCUGCUCAACCGAAGCAUCCGGCUCGCCUCGCAGAGCACACAGCUGUCAUCACGGCCAGUGUUGGCGCACGCUGGCCUUUUUCGAGCUAACUCAAUUCGGUUAGGGACAGCUAAACUAUUUCGACUUUUUUGUUUUUCCCCAUUUGAACUAACUAAUUGUAUGAGACUUGACAUAUAGUAAUAUCAUUUAAUUUCUAGUAUAACAAAUAUCUGCAUCAAA